GGGCUCCUGCGUCAUCGCGUGCGGUAGGUGGAAAAAGUGAGGCCGGCUGAGAAAGUGAGGCGGGCCGGAGGACGUCACCCCCGCUUCGGGCACCUCAGGUUUGAUUCGCCAACGUGGGGGUGUCUUUGGCUCUUACCACACGGGAGUAGGGCGAGCGGGGCCUCGGAGCCCAGCCUGGAGGAGAGAGGCCGGUCGCACGAAGGUGGAGCUCUUCUCUGUGCCUUCCCCUCUCCCCUUCCUCCUUCCUCCUGUACUCCUUUCUCUCUUCCCAGAAAUGACUUAAGCUCUCACCUCAUCCUUUGUUUUGUCCCCGAGGUAAGGAGAAAACAAGGCUUUUUUUUUUUUUUUUUUUGUUGUAAAAAAGCCUUAUUCCUUUUUAGGGAGAACUCACUCAGCUGCCAUGCAAACUGGGCGCCCAGUAAUAGGUCUUGAGUAAUUACUUGUAGAGACAAGCUUGAUGUAGAUUAAUGGACGUCGGAGAUUUUCAUUUCCUGAUUAUCGCACAUUUGUUUGGGUUACCCUACGGAUCCAUUCAUUUAUCGAACCGUGUAUUGAACGACUCCCCUGUACCAAGCUUGGUUUUUGGCUCAGAGGACGUUGCAGUAAACAAAACAACAGAGAUCUGCCCUCACAGAGUUGACUUUCUAGUAGGGGGAGCAAAAUAUAUUCCGAGUACAUUUUAAAUGUAACGCUGACCAGGUUUGCUUAUGGAUAAGGAGUGAGAGAGAAAGAGUAAAGGAUGACUCCAGAGUUUUAUGUGAUAGAUGUAUAUCAGUCCUAUUUCAAGUCAGAUGCUUAUAAAUAUACAUCAGGAUAGAGUUUAUGUGCCUUUAUGGCCCACUCCCCCCAUCUGAUUUUCUGUAUCCGAGAAAUAUACUAGAAACUCACUGUGAGAGAAUGUGCUAACAAUUCCAGCAUUAAAUGUAUUAGAAAAGUACUCCUCGGAGGAAUAACGCAUUGUGAGUUUGAUUCCUUUGUUCGUUCAUUUUACAAAUAUUUAUUGAACAUGGUGCCUGAAACUUGGGAUGCAAUAGUGAGCAUCAAUGUCAUGGUUCCUGAUCUCAUGGAACUUAACAGUCUAGUGGGGGAAACGGACAUAAACAUUGCAAAGUGUGAAGAGAGUGUUGCAGGAAAAUAAAAGUGUAGUCAAAUCCGUGCUUGCACAGAGGAAUCCUGCUCCAGCCGGAUGGAGGAGUAAGGGAAGGUGUCACUUGCAGAAGUGUCAGUCAAGGCAUUUUCAGACUGCAGGUGGUCACCCAUUAGGUCAUCAUUAUAAUCCUUUUCUAAGGCCCAUGCAAUAGAAUGAAAAAUAGAAUGUAUCACAAAUGCUACAGCCAACUGGAAGCCUCAGAUCUUUCUUCAAAACCUUGGCAACCUGAGGUGAUGGUGUCAGUGACAGGCGAACCACCUAGUGUUGUAGUAGAAGAAACAGCUCAAGAAGCAGACAUAGAAGUCAUCCCAGAAAUCAUAGAGGCACUCUCCAUUCUAGAUGUACUGAGGAUCUCUGCUGUUCUGGAAGAUACCACAGACCAGCUCUCUAUUCUGAACUACAUCAUGCCAGUUCAGUAUGAAAGAAGACAAAGUAGCACCAUGAAGAAAAACAAUGAAAUGAAUUUAGAAGAAAAAAGCCCAGAAAACCCUCCAGUGGUCCCAAAAAUGUCAAAAGAAGAACCCAAGUUGCCAGAAAUCAGACAAGGAGGACAAUUGGCCAACGAAUAUAACAAAGUGCAAGAUCUUGUCCUCCAAACACCUGCAAGGCAGUCCGUAAUUUCUACAGAAACACUGAAAAAAAUUCAGAAUGAUAGGCAAUUUCUCAGUGAUGUGAUUGCAGAUACCAUGCAGGAGUUGCAAAAUUCAGGCACUUUCAACAAUCUCCUGACAUGUUUGAAUGAAGAGAGGGAAAACAAAACGCAUUUCUAUGAUAUCAUUGACAGGGAGGAAAAAGGAAGAAAACGAAUAAAAUCUCUUCAAAAAGAGCUUCAUAAUGUCAAAAGAGAACGGCAAGUUGAAGUACAGAAUCGGAAUGAAUAUAUUGCUCACCUCAAGGACCAGUUGCAAGAGCUGAAGGCAAAAACUAACAUGGAGAAUCGCUUUAUGAAGAAAAACACUGAGCUGCAGAUUUCUCAGACCCAGAAAAAAUGUAACAGAACAGAGGAGCUCCUGCUGGAAGAGAUUGAGAAACUAAGGCUGAGAACUGAAGAAGAAAACCAGAUUCAUAUGGAGAUUGAAAUAUUCCUUCGAAGGGAGCAGCAGAAACUUGAGGAGAAGCUAGAGUUCUGGAUGGAGAAAUAUGAUAAGGACACAGAAAUGAAACAGAAUGAACUGAAUGCUCUCAAAUCUGCUAAAGCCAGUGACUUAACACGCCUUCAAGACCUUGCAAGGCUGAUAAGGGAGUAUGAACACGUCAUCAUUGAAGAUCGUAUAGAAAAGGAGAAGAACAAGAAGCAAGUAGAGCAGUCUCUCUUGGAAUUAAAGAGCAUCGUAAAGCUCCAGGCCUGGUGGCGAGGCAUUAUAGUACGGAAUGAAAUUGGUGGUUUCAGAUUGCCUAGGAAGGAUAAAGAUGAUGGCAAGAAUUCAAAAGCACAUUCUGAUCUUCAGGGCCAUUAUGAGAACCCAGCUUCUCCUGACCUGACAUUCCUUCGGGAAAUUAGAUACGCUUUCAUUUUUGCCAAGGAAACCAUGCUUUAGAUAAGAACAUUUCCAAUCAGCCUUUAUCU